AUGGAUAUUGCCUACGAAAGCUUUGUCGAUUCGGAACCUUUUAAAUUCCUCGUCGGUCCAACUGCAAAACCUUUCUACAUGCAUGGCGGACUUGCUACAAAGCUGUCUGACCCCAUGGCCGCCCUGCUUGGAGGAGGCAUGGUGGAAGCAAAGAAUCGAUAUGCAGUGCUCAAGGAUGCGGAUGAAGACACUUUUGUUCGCGUCAUCCAAUUUGCCUAUACGGGCGACUAUGCUGUCGCCGAGCCAAAGUCAGAUAGCGUUCCCUCCACAGCAGACAAUGACGAUGAUAUCCCUCCAGAAGCACCUGAAGAAACAGUCUCCUAUGAGGACUAUUCAGCCGCAGAGCCUGCUCAAAGUUGGGACUUCCCGAGCGGGGGUUUCUCCCGCAAGAAGAAAGGCAGAAAGAAUAACGCCUUCUUCGCAGAAGCCUUCGAAGACCCAGGUUCUCUGAAUGAGAGGUCAAAGGGUAAACAGGCGUGGGACUCUUUCAAGACCAAAGCACACUUAAAGGAAACUAUGUGCUGGGACCCGGAAGUCAAUGAAGACCAACAUCAGAAUUACACAUCUGUCUUUCUGUGCCACGCCAAAUUGUACACCUUUGCCGACCAGUAUCUCAUUGAGCCGCUUCGGGAACUUGUCCUACAGAAGCUCCGACUCACCUUGUCAAGAUUCAAGCUGCAUCAACAGCGGGUCGGCGACGUUGUCGAGUUAUUGAAGUACACCUAUGCCAACACUCCGUGUCGUGACCCGAAGAUUGACCAAUUGCGCGAUCUGAUCUCUGACUAUCUGGUCUGCCACAUUGAGAAGAUUGUACACCACGAGGAAUUCUUCAAGUUGCUUGAUAAUGGUGACGUGGCAAAGGACUUCCUUCCCAAGCUGGUGGCACUACGGUUGGACUGA